AUGUAUACAGUCAAGGAUCACUACCACAGCCAUCGGUUAUCGUUUUGGUUGAAUCUAAUUCCUCGUCUCCACAACGCGGGCGAAGAACAGGUCUAUUUAAGGCACCAUUUAUUAACAGAUCACGAAAAUAUGGCCUCAUAUGACGGCAUCGUCCGGCAGAUCGCCUUCAAAUUCUUCGCUCCCAUACCUAAUAAGUCGAUGGACUUAAUCCCUGUUAAUAACACUUCCAUCACGAGUAAGAGCCGGAAACAGUACGACAGUCCGGUCUCUAAUAUCAACACCAAUGAUGUGAAUGUGAACGACGACGGGACCAAUGAAUCGCAUCAAUUGGUUGUGACCACCGAUUCGGUGAUCACUUUCUACAACAAUCAGUCAAUUGUGUCCACAGAUGUCAUACCAAUGAUCGAUAGAAUCAAUUUGAAUGCCAAUAAUAACUCGAUGACUGCCGGCAUUGCCAUCGGAACCAAUUACUCGACGGCCCUAUUGGUGACGAUAGCGAUCGGAUGCUCUCUAUUGAUACUAAAUAUGCUGAUAUUUGCCGGCGUUUACUAUCAAUUGGACAAAAACUCUGCGCUCAGGCAUCACAAGAAGGCUAAGAAUAGGAGCGCCAGUAGUAGUGAUCAUCACUCCAGCUAUCAUUAUAACGAUACGCCCAAAAGCCAAGAAAUGGUUGUAUUGGCCACACCUGAGAAGAGGCUAUUGCAGCAAAAGUCACCGAACCUGAGCCACAAUCACGUCGAGAUUGUCAACACAAACUUCGCCGACCACUCGUCCGACCAAAUGGUGAACAACCAGACGCCGGGCGGCGGCGGUGGCGGCAAGUGUUGCAACGCCGGCACAAUUCGCUCCAACGAUACGGUUUACUACAAUCAAAAGACAUUUGGUUUCGAGCACUCACACCAUUCGCAUCACUCAUCGCCAGUGCCUUCGUGUCUCUCCAAUAGCGACACGACUACCACUUCCAUCAUUCAUGUGCCUCUCGGUUACGACAAGUCCUCUAACGACACGUUCGCCCCAGAGAUUCGCGUCUGAUUCUCAGAUCCUCAACACUUCUUGUAAACGCUUUUUACCACCGAUUGAGCUUCAAAUACAACAACGCAUACAACACUUCUCAUGAGAUAAGUCCUCGACUUUACAUAUAUAUCGACCGCAAUAACUGACACCACUAUUGUAUUGUACAGUAAAUUGAAUUAAAUUCUGUAAAUUAUCGACG